AUGAUCUCGGGUGCUGACCAACUCAAGCUGGGCUUUGUGUCACGGGUUAACCCCAAGGACACCUCCCAUCACGUGAUCCUCGGGGUUCAGGACUUCCGUCCGGCAGAUUUCGCCCAGCAGAUUAAUCUCAACAUUGACAACUCGUGGGGCAUCCUUCGGUGCAUCAUUGACUACUUCAUGAAGUGUGAGCCCGGCCAAUAUCUGAUGAUGAAGGACCCGAACAAGCCAAGCCUCCAAAUUUACUCGCUCCCUGCCAACGCCUUCGCCUCUGACGAGAGUGAUGAUUCCUCAGACGAGGAACCCGUCAAAAAGAACUAG